GCACUGGCCACACCGCCUGAAGAGAGAAAGGGAGAGCGAGGGAGAAAGAGAGAGAGAGUGUAGUAGGAGAGAUGGCCGGAAUCCUGUCGAGGACUGCUGCCCUGCGCUCGAAGGCCGGCAGCUGCCCGGCCGGACUGCUUACGAGGUGGCUCUCUCCGGCCGCCGGCAACGCCGGGCGGAGCUUCUCCUCGAGCUCAUCCCCCGACUCUUCGGCGGAAAGGAUCACCAGAAUCCAGCGGAUCAUCGACGACGAGGGCGUCGUUCUCCUCCCCGGUUGCUACGACGCGCUCUCCGCCUCCAUCGUCCAGAAGACCGGCUUCAGCGCCGGCUUCAUCUCCGGCUACUCCGUGUCCGCCGCUCGUCUCGGCAAGCCGGACAUCGGCCUCAUGACGCCGCCGGAGAUGGCAGCCGCCGCCCGGACCAUUUGCGCCUCAGCUCCCGACAUUCCAUUCAUCGCCGACGCCGAUACUGGUGGUGGAAACUCCCUCAAUGUGCAAAGGACUGUCCAAGACCUGAUUGCAGCAGGUGCCGCUGGCUGCUUCCUCGAGGAUCAAGCUUGGCCAAAGAAGUGUGGCCACAUGCGUGGAAAGCAGGUUAUACCCGCGGAGGAACACGCCGCAAAGAUCGCCGCAGCAAGGGACGCCAUUGGGGACUCUGAUUUCUUCCUUAUUGCGCGGACUGAUGCCAGGGCUAUAUCAGAGAAAUACGGAUUGUCAGAGGCCAUAUCAAGGGCCAACCUGUACAUGGAGGCUGGAGCAGAUGCCUGCUUCGUUGAUGCACCAAGAAGUGACAAUGAACUCAGAGAAAUUGCUCGACAGACAAAUGGUUACAGGGUCGUGAACAUGAUAGAAGGAGGUGUUACUCCUCUGCACACACAGGAAGAGCUUAAAGAGAUGGGUUUCCAUAUCAUCUUGCAUUCGACCACAACACUGUAUACUGCGGCUCGUGCCUUGACAAACAUGUUGACGAAGAUGAAGGAGUCGGGAUCCAGCAAAGACCAUCUUGACAUGUUGGCCAGCUUUGCAGAGUUCAAUCAGUUGAUCAACCUGGAGUCUUACUUUGCCCGCGAAGCUCACUACGCAGAGUACAAGAAUGCACUUGAAGCCCGGAAUGAGCUGAAGGCUAGCAGUGGGGCUCUCUGAAAAUCUGCACACCCACUGAGCAUACCUUUGAUCAUGUUAGAUUUUGGUGAUGUUUUCAGUCGUUAUUUGUUAAGUUACCAAUGCUCAGCAGUUGUCAAUAUGAGGAUCAAGUUGGUGCCUUAUCACUACAUUCAGUUGCUAGGUGCUGCAUGUUUGCGGUUUAAUGUGAGAAUAAAUGAUGUAUGUCAUACUUCAAAUGGUGUAUUUGUUAUGAUUCCCUUUGUAAAGUUACUUCUUGUUAUCUCCUCAUCUUUAUUUUGCCUAAGAAAAGUGAUUGUUAUC